CACCAAUGGCAGCGCACCGUGAAGUUCCGGUUCUUCAUUUAGACUGUGUUGACUCUGCCUAGUUGGCGGUUUCGGUGUAUUUGUCAAAUCGUUUCCCGUUUGAAGAGAAUCCGAAAUGUUAGAACUCCGCUGUUUGACUUACACAUAGUCAGACAUUUUCUUUUUACGAUUUUUGGAUCAAAUUACAGUUGAGAGACUCAUUUGCUAGCUAGCUAGCUAAGGUUAGCUAGCUAGCCUAGCGAAUUUAUCAAAUCGUUUCAUCAUUGUCUCUUGACCUUUUUUAAUGUUAUUAUAUUAUUUGCUAGUUUAGAUACAUUCAUAUUUAUAGUUUGUUUCGCUUUUGUUUGUGAAGUGUGACAGAAGACAUCUGUGAGAACGUGGCAGGUCAAGCUGACAGCGUCUUGAGCUACCUAGCUAGGAGUAUUCGACUUGCCGGGUAUAAGAUCUGGAGGUUACUAGAAGGGGCUGGGGGUUCCGUUAUUUAGUCUGGGCACUCACCGACAAGCGGGCUUGGUCGACACCGCUAACCUAGAGGCGGUGUGUCAAACUGUCAACCAUGCUGAAGACCCGCCAGUGCUUACUUGGUAUUCGCACUUUCCUCGGAGUAACGUCAAGGAUAUGGGGAUUUAUUCUAUACAUACUCAGGAAACACUUACGCACGGUAAUACAGUACCAGACCGUGCGCUACGACACCUUACCUCUCUCACCCCUGUCGAGAAACAGACUCAAUGCAGUCAAGAGGAAGAUACUGGUCCUGGACCUGGAUGAGACCUUGAUACACUCCCAUCAUGACGGGGUGUUGAGACCCACAGUACGGCCAGGCACCCCCCCAGACUUCAUCCUAAAGGUGGUUAUUGACAAACAUCCUGUUAGGUUUUUUGUUCAUAAACGACCGCAUGUAGACUUCUUUCUAGAAGUGGUGAGUCAGUGGUAUGAACUUGUGGUUUUUACUGCGAGUAUGGAAAUAUAUGGUUCAGCUGUGGCUGACAAGCUAGACAAAAACAAGGGCAUCCUCAAACGAAGAUAUUACAGACAGCACUGUACGCUGGACCUUGGUAGUUAUAUUAAAGACCUGUCUGUGGUCCACCAUGAUCUGUCCAGUGUGGUCAUCCUGGACAACUCGCCUGGGGCCUACCGCAGCCAUCCAGACAAUGCAAUACCCAUCAAGUCAUGGUUCAGUGAUCCCAGUGACACAGCCCUGCUAAACCUGCUACCCAUGCUAGAUGCUCUGAGAUUCACUUCAGAUGUCCGGUCCGUUCUAAGUCGAAACCUCCAUCAGCAUCGGCUAUGGUGAUUGGUCAGUUGGAGCUAGCAACUGGCUCCACUUCUUAGAAUGCCUUCUCUGCUGGCUGUUGCACACACUCCUCCCUCCCCUUUCCCCAUACAGUCAGUUCUUCAUCUCUAUGUGAGGCCUUUGAGAAUGAGAUGGAAGGAGACUUGGGACCUCAGUAGGAAAGGGGAGCAACAAGGAAACCUAAAAACAAGUGGAGAGGCCAGCUUUCUUUUUUUGAAACGAACAUUUUUGCCUUAUAGUCUUUGGAUUCUUGGAGAGCAUGUCAUGUGUGUUUGUGUUGGAUCUGUGGGAGUAUGCUGGCAUUAGUCACAUUUAUUUAGAGGUGAAAUAUGAAAUAUUUAAACAAUCUAGAUGGAAAUACUGAGGACAGAAGACUGUGAAGCCAGUUCCUUCCAUGUAUAUGGGUUAUGGCCCCUAAAGCUGAACUUUUUAUCUCAGUCUGUAUUACCUGUCAAUGUUUCAGAAAAUGUUUCGUAUUCCAUUCCUGUCUUCACCUUGUCAUCUAUUUGCUCAGGUGAAAUAUCACAUCGAAAGACAUUUCUGGGGUUCAAAGCCACAUUAUAACAAUCAAGUUGAAAAUAUCCAUGUCACAGAUGGACUGCUCUCUUUCAAUUAUUGAGAAUGUACAGAUUUUUUCAGUUGUCGUAAUAUGAAAUUACAUAAAUUUCAACAAUUUUUAGAAAUACUUUUCUAUUUUCAAAUUAUUGACUGUUUUCUACUCUGUGAUAAAUUGAAAACAAAAGUGAUUAAGGUAAUUGGGAAUUAAUUUUUUUACAGAAUUAUCAGCAUUUCCAUACCUCUGAUAAGUGGAGAUGUAGUUUGUAAGUGUGAGACAGUUAGAAAGAAAGAGAGAGGGAGAACAUGAGAGAUUUGAAUGAUAUUUUUUACCUCCAGUCUCCCUAUACAACCAUGUAUGUAACACAAAUUCCACUAUUUACUUCAAUGUACCAAAACAUCCCAGACCUAUCAAUCAACAAUGUAUGUCUCUGGGUGGGUAUGGGUAGAAAACAUGGAGUCUUAUCAGUGUUUCCAAUAAAACGCUUGGUAUCAUGACA